AUGUUGCUUGUCUUUUUGUGUCUUGACAGACUUCAAGUAUUUUUGAACACCUAUGGAAUUCAGACGCAGACACCUCAGCAGGUUGAACCCAUCCAGAUCUGGCCUCAGAAGGAACUGGUUAAGAUGGAUGUGUGGCCGUCAGCCAGAGCAGAGCGACGUGCUGCAUUUUUGAUCCCAAACCCAGACGAGUCCUUUUCUUCUCCGACAGCUUCUGUUUAUCCGGGAGUCGCCACCAUCGCCUGCCGCAGGCUGCAUUUGCUCACCUCACCUCCUUUCCAGCGGCCGUUUGAUUACGGUGACAACAGUCGCAACGGCGACGGUAGAGCGUACCGUUUCCUAGCCAUCAACAAGAAGCUGGGGUUGAGUGGGCGUCCAGAUCGGCCGGUCGGCUGCAUCGGGACCUGCAAGAUUUAUCGUAUCUUGGGCAAGACGGUGGUGUGCUACCCAAUAGUGUUUGAUCUGAGUGACUUCUACCUGUCCCAAGACGUUAUGCUGCUGAUAGAUGACAUCAAGAAUGCCCUGCAGUUCAUCAAACAGUGCUGGAAGAUGCAGGGACGACCUCUCUUUCUGGUGCUCAUCCGAGAGGAUAACAUCAAAGGGAGCCGCUUCAACCCGGUUUUGGACAUGCUGGCCUCGUUCAAGAAGGGCAGCAUCGGUGGGGUCAAAGUUCACGUCGACAGGCUGCAGACGCUCAUAUCUGGAGCCUUUGUGGAGCAGCUAGAUUUCCUUCGUGUCAAUGAGGCUGAGAUACCGGAGUUCAAGAGCUUUGAGGAGCUGGAGCUACCGAAGCACUCAAAGGUGAAGAGACAGACGAGCACGCCCAACGCCUCGGAAAUGGAACAGCAGCCGGAGAUCAGCGUGGAGGAGUGGCAGGACAAACCCACACAUGAGAUCAUGCAGAAGUUCCAUGACUGCGAUUGCUUGGCGAGUCAGGCUCAGCUUGCCAGCAUCCUUCUUAGAAGAGAGGGCCCAGACUUACUCAUCAAAGAUGAAAACCUGAGGGAGGAAAUGGAGCGCAUCUACAGAAGAGCUGGCAGCAGAAAGCUUUGGCUGGCAGUUCGCCAAGCUGCCGCUAAUAUCAAGAAGUUUGCCAGCUCUAUAGCUCCUCACAUCACCACAAUUCUGGUGCAAGGGAAGCAGGUAAUGUCACGGCAAAGGUCUGUUGUCCGCCUGGCUGCCAGUCUCUUAACUAAGCUAGUGGACAGCCUUGCACCCAGUAUUACUAGUAUUUUAGUUCAUGGCAAGCAGGUGACCCUGGGCGUGUUCGGGCACGAGGAGGAGGUGAUCUCCAACCCCCUGUCCCCGGGGGUGAUCCAGGGCAUCAUAUACAGCAAGUGCUCCCCCAAAGGCGGGGAGAGGGAGGCCGUCCUGCAGCAGGAGCUGGUCAUCCACGUAGGGUGGAUCAUCUCCAACAACCCGGAGCUGUUCAGCGGCAUGCUGAAGAUCAGAGUCGGGUGGAUCGUUCAGGCCAUGAAACACGAGCUGAAGAUCCGAGCCGGAGACAUGCCACCUCAGGACAUCUACCAGCUCUCCCCCAGCGACAUCAAGCAGCUGCUGCUGGACGUCCUGCAGCCUCAGAACACCAGCAGGUCUUGUCUGAGCAGGCGUCAGAUCGAUGGCUCUCUGAACAGAACCCCUCUGGGCUUUUAUGACCGUGUGUGGCAGAUCCUGGAGAGGACCCCCAACGGUAUUAUGGUGGCCGGAAUUCACCUCCCACAGCAACCUACGCUGUCUGAUAUGACCAUGUAUGAGAUGAACUUCUCCCUGCUGGUGGAGGACAUGCUGAAGAACAUCGUCCUGCCCGAGUACAGACAGAUCAUUGUGGAGUUGCUGAUGGUGGUGUCCAUAGUGUUGGAGAGAAACCCCGAGCUGGAGUUCAGUGACAAGGUUGAUCUGGAUGGUUUGGUAAAAGAAGCCUUUAACGAUUUUCAGAGAGACUGCAGCCAACUGAAAGGAGUAAAGAAACAGGAUGGCAUGGAGGCCUUCUACAACACGCCACCAUUAGGAAAGAGAGGCACGUCCAGCUACCUGACCAAGGCCGUAAUGAUCCAGUUACUGCAAGGCGACGUCAAGCCCUGCAAGGACGACCCGUGUUCUGUCAGUUAG